AUGGGGCAGCAGGCAAGCUGCUGUCAGGAGGAUGAGUUAGCCGUGGUUCCAAAGGAGGUUGUACACCACAAAUACGAUGAUGAUGAGGCCUCAGGCGGAGAACCAGAUGUUGCAGAUGCCGCGAAUGUCAGCAUCAGUGUGGGCGCUUUUCCUGUUAAAGACAUUGAGAAGGCGUCCCCGAAACCUUCACCAGAGGCAAUGCCACUUGGUCACAUGCUUCAGAAGCCAAUGAGCGGAAGCAGUCGCAUCGAGAAGAUGAGCCAGCUGGAGGUGGACACCGAGAUUGUUCGGGGCAUCUCAUUGCGUGAAAGCCUGAAAAACUUCGGACGACUCUGGCGGUGGUCUCCUCUUGACUUGAAUGAGGAGGAUCGCAAGGAGCUGUGGACCAAAUCGAAGCAUGUCAAGGGCUUUGACAUGUUCCUCUCGCAUACAUGGCUGACAGCAGGCAGAUGGAAGGUCCUGACUCUGCUUAUGCGCACCGGCUGGCAUUUCAUGUUUUUCUCUUGGCUGAUCGGCACAGUGCUGGCAAUGUGUUUGAUCAUGGCCGGGCUGUUGCCCAUGGUGAGCCAUUGGGAAGUCACAGCCCAGUCCUGGACUUCCGAAUGCUCCAUGUCCUUCUGGGUGAUCGGCCUGGGCCUGCUGGGCGGCUUCCUUGGUUUGUUUGGUGCAGUUUAUGCCCCAGACUGUAUCGCUCCCUCGGACAUUUGCUUUCUGGACGUGGUGAGCAUCAGUCAAACAGAUUCGGCGCUCAUGGAGCGAGGCAUCUACGGACUGGGCGGCUUCUUGAAGGUGGCAAAGGAGCUGCGGGUCCUGUGGAGCCCUCCAUACCUCUCAAGGCUGUGGUGUGUCUUCGAGCUUGCAGCCUACCGCACUGCAAACCCGAAUGGGAAGCUUACGCUGAACCCACUAUUCGUGGAAAGUGUGUGCGCGACGAUGGCUUUGGGCAACGUCAUGGGUGCCAUCGUGUUCCAGGUUACGGCACUGAACAAGAUGGAUCAGAUGUUCGUUGUGAGUGCCUACUCAUUGGGCAUGCUGCCGAUGCUGGUAGCAGUCCACGUUAUGCGGGGCGAGUUGCGAUUGAGGCAACAGCUGAUCAAAGGCCUUGCGGAGUUUGACUUGAGCAAUGCCGAAUGCCGCAACGACUUCGACCGAGAGUUUAUCCACGCAGGGAUUGUUCAAUGGUAUGGAAGCAAGGAAGCCUUCACCCAGUACGUGCGAGGGCCAUUGCGAAUGGAGUUGUUGGGCUGCGAGUGGCACCUGCAAGUGCCUUACUCAUAUUUGCUCCUCAUCAGCUUGGGGUCCAUCAGUUCAAGUAUGGAGCAGUUCAUGUCCAUGUGGAUGGGCAACGCGCCAGCAGGGUUACUUUGGAGCUAUCUGCUGGCCAAGACUCUGGCAACCGACGUCAUUUGGCAGCUCAUCAGCCUGAAGCUCGCCAUCACUUUGUGCGACCGGUGGGGGAGGCACCGCUGGCCAGGACCCUUGGAUUUGCUGAAGAGCAUUCUCAUUUACGCAGUCUUCUGCGGGUGCUUCAUGAUCGGGGUCAACAUCGGCUUGGCAGCAUGGACCAGCGGUCUCGCUGAGUCUCUCGGUUGGGCAGCCAUGAACGUUUCGAUUGUGCUGAUCGGGCUUCUAGUGAUGGCGAUCAUGAUGUACAAGAAGAAGAAAGAGUGUGAGGCGCUGCGCCGUGUGACUGAAGUCACGGACGUCGCAGUGAACCGGGCCUCGGAGACCAUACAGCAGCUGGACCAGGACAUCCAGACUGGAUUAGCGCACACAGAGGAGAAAGCCAAGGAGCUGCAAGAACAGAUCAACCCCAAGCUGAAGCAGGCAGGUGACAAAGCAAAAACUUCCAUAUUGGGCGCUGCUUCCUGGGGAGCAAAGACUGCAAUUUGGUUCCAGUCCUUUGGCACAAGCCACCAGCCUGACAGUGAAGAGGAAUCCGAAGCUGCCUCCAGUUCAGCAACUCCAAAGGUAUGCCGAAGCUGCGGCGGCAAAGGCAUCGACUACUUAGGCAACCCGUGCAACGACUGCCCGGCGGGAAAGGGUGAAGCUGCCUCAUCCUCAGCAGGCUAUCCAUCAGCGCCUGUUCAGCCCCCUGCUGCCGCAUCAAUGGCCGAGGCUAGCGCAAGCAGCAACGGCAUGGCGGAGACGGUCAGCGGAAGCCCACAAAAGGAAGAGGAGCAGGCUCGAACUGAUGCGCAGGAACAGGCCAAGAAGGAAGCAGCGGAGAAAGCGCAGAGGGAGGCUGAAGAGAAGGCCAAGAAGCAGGCAGAGGAGGCGGCGCAAAAGGCGGCUGAGGAGAAAGCCGAGAAGGAGGCAGAUGAGGCUGCGCAGAAGGCGGCUGAGGAGAAGGCAGCGCAGCAGGCGGCUGAGGAGAAGGCGAAGAAGGAGGCAGAAGAGGCAGUGCAGAAGGCGGCCGAGGAGAAAGCCAAGAAGGAGGCAGAUGAGGCUGCGCAGAAGGCGGCUGAGGAGAAGGCAGCGCAGCAGGCGGCUGAGGAGAAGGCGAAAAAGGAGGCAGAAGAGGCAGUGCAGAAGGCGGCCGAGGAGAAAGCCAAGAAGGAGGCAGAUGAGGCUGCGCAGAAGGCGGCUGAGGAGAAGGCAAAGGCGGCUCAGGAGAAGGCCAAGAAGGAGGCAGAAGAGGCAGCGCAGAAGGCGGCUGAGAAGGCCAAGAAGGAGGCAGAAGAGGCAGCGCAGAAGGCGGCUGAGGAGGAGGCCAAGAAGGAGGCAGAAGAGGCAGCACAGAAGGCGGCUGAGGAGAAGGCCAAGAAAGAGGCAGAAGAGGCAGCGCAGAAGGCGGCUGAGGAGAAGGCCAAGAAGGAGGCAGAAGAGGCAGCGCAGAAGGCGGCCGAGGAGAAGGCCAAGAAGGAUGCAGAAGAGGCAGCGCAGAAGGCGGCUGAGGAGGAGGCCAAGAAGGAGGCAGCAGAGGCAGCGCAGAAGGCGGGUAAGGAGAAGGCCAAGAAGGAGGCAGAAGAGGCAGCGCAGAAGGCGGCUGAGGAGAAGGCCAAGAAGGAGGCAGAAGAGGCAGCGCAGAAGGCAGCUGAAGAGAAGGCCAAGAAGGAAGCGGAGGAGAAGCCAGUUGGACACGCCGAGCAGAGUGAGCCUGGAAGCGUGCCAGCCGCCAAUGGACAAGGUAGUGAUGUGGAUGCUUUUGCUGACUUGCUGGGCUAACUUGCAGUAGCCUUAACAUGUUAGAACCGAGGCUUUCUUACCAUUUAACAUGCUCGGAUGCUUCAGCGCAACUAUGUUUUCAAGUAAAGGUGUGCGGUGGAAAGCCCUACAUUGCCCGACCCCCACAUGGGGGCUGUACAAAGCACUUGGCAAGAUGCCUACCCGGCAGCCUGCCAUACUAGCAUUGGAUUAGCUGCUUGCACCCAUAUUACGGCUUUCACCGCAUUCUGAUAUCACCA